AUGUACCCAAACAAUAACAACUACUACGACCCUCCGUCAGACCCAAACGCGGGACCCUCAAACCUCGAUGACCGCGACCUUCAACCAGGCCGCAACCGGUCCAAGACGUUGACCACCAUUCAUUCCGCGGUCUCCCAGGCGACCCUUACCAACAACAAUUCCACUCCACCCACUCCAAACCCAGCGAACGACACAGGUCUGUCCCAAGCUUCUCUCGCCACUGCUCCUCAACGCUCCACGCAGCGAAAGGUUCGCACUGUUCCCCCCUCCGCCAUCAAUGACCCUCCAACGCCGCCGCUGGCGAGUGGUCCCACUUUCGAUGAUUCAGUGCUGAGACCACCCCGACGGCCGAAACGUGUGAGGCGUUACCGUCACUACCUCUCCGACAGUGGCUCUUCAUCAUGCGCGAGCGACGAGAGUAGCGACGACGAUGACGAGCCACCAUGGUGGACCUUUACACAGCGCGGUAUGAACCGCCUCCGCAGUGUAGCGCACCCUUCGCGCAGCGGCACGGGCGCCCAUGACGCUUCCGAAAUCGUGACUGAACCCGAAUCUAGCAGAGAAGGUGGAUACAUUGAUUGGCGUCACCGGCGCAAGAAGGAUCGAGGCAGCGGCACCCCUCCCACGCGGCAGAACAGUGGCGGACACACGCCAAAGAGCAGCGCCGCGCGUCUGUUCGAUGCCCGUCACUUUCGGACCGCCCGCAGCUCGAGGAACCAGUCGGUGGACAUUGGCGGCGGCCACUCGACAGACACGGGACGGAACAAGAGCACGCCGAUGCUGGAUCGGAUCGACACGAACUUGGCUCCCAAGGUCACACGCAGCAACUCGGCCCCGAUCAGUCCCAGGUCCAAGUCGCCCAAGUCCAAGGCCGACGGCCCGUACACUGCCGAUGGUCGCCCUCUCGUCCGCACGUCGUCACCAGAGGGUCUGGAACGUCUCUCCAGUGACCUUACUGACAGCUUGCCCGUCUCGCCUCUUGCCAAGCGACCGAGAGUGAAGCGAUUCCUCACCGCCCCAAUCCGCAGGCACAGCCUUGAUGGCGCGGACAACUAUACGGAUUCUGAAGCGACGAUGCUAGCGUCACCGCGCCUGCGAGCCAGGCAGCGCCUGUUUGGCCUGAACUCGAGCAUGUCUGGACGUGUCCCGGAAGAAGGAAUCGAAACGCCCCCGUCCGCAAACUCGGCAUCGAGGAUGCGCCGCCUGAAUGCGCAGCACCUCAGGAUCCGAAUUCCUCCAGAGAUGAAACAGCAUCUCAAACACGGUUUCCAUGCGGGCUCGUGGCAGGACGCCUUACGGUACGGCACGCUGGACAGUGACGACAUGCACGACAACUAUUUCGACGCUGGCCACUACCACCGCAACAGCGACCCGAUCGCCGGUCUCGGGAAGGAACCCAAGAUGCGUGCCGCAUCUCUGGACGGCCACACCAGCGCACUGCACAGCGGCGUUACGCCGACGCCUGUUAGCACCAGGUCGUCGAAUGGACGCACCAUGUCGCUGAACGGCCAUUCGUUCCUUCCGACACCCGAGGCGGCUCAGGAGACGCGAGAGCAGCGGAAGAAGGAGCGCGAGGAGCGAAAGCGUCGCAAGAAAUACAAGCGGUACCAGCCGCAGACGCUCCCGCCGCCUACGCCCGGCGGUCCCAUGAACCUCAUGGUGCCCGGGGAGAAGAAGGCGCUCGGGAGGGAGAACUGGGGCACCGCGAACAAUGGCCUGCCGCCGCCGGACCCGGAGACGAACCCCUUCGACCGACUGAACGCGUUCGAUAGAAUCGACGAGGAGACGCGGUCGUUCACAUCGCCUAACAAUGCGAUCCUCGAGAAGCAAUCGCCGCGCUCGUGGGCGCCAUGGUGGUUUGGGUGCUGUCGGCGACGCCGUGCGCAUGCUCCUGUCGACGACCUGGACUGGCGCACGAAGAUGCGGCGCAUGCUCUUCCUCGACGCGCGCAUCACGAUCUACAUCCGUCUCGUGAACCUCGGCAUGGCAGCGACGCUGCUCGGGCUUGCGAUUACGAUCCGCCUGAUGCUGAUCAGCCUGAACAUUGACGGCGUCAUCGGGCCGAGCACGACGCUGAUCAUUGCCUAUGCGUGCCUCACGAUCGUACACGCCCUGAUGGCCAUCUACAAGGAGUACUUUGGCCGUCCGAUCGGGCUCUGGGGCCUGCGCUCCAAGAUGCUCUGGGUGUGUCUGGACCUGCUCUUCAUUGCGCUAUGGAGCAGCGCGACCACGCUCGCCAUCAACGACUACAUCAACACGCCCCUCGACUGUACGCCUAUGACGCCGUGGUGGACGAGCGGGUCCGACUACUACAACUACCAGUACAGCUACCACCCGCAGCGCCUCGCUGCGACAACCGGUACAGGUCAAGCACAUCUGCGAGCGCCAGAUUGGCUGCUUUACGGUGUCGAUUCUCUGCCUCCUGCUGUACUGCGGGAACAUGAUUCUCUCCCUGUUCAGGAUCUUCGAGACGGUCCGCCGCACAGCCACCCCGAUCAGGAGCAUCAGCAUGUCCGUGGGGCCGUAGUGGGCCUCGACUGUAUCGAGCGGGCAUUCGGGAAUUUCGGAUAG